AUGCGCCUCCUCAACUGCAAAACCCACAAACUUCACGACUUCCUCGGCGACGACAUCCCCGACUAUGUCAUCCUCUCCCACCGCUGGACCGCCGGCGAAGUCACCUACAAAGACUUCCGCAAGAACCGCAACGUCAACAGCCUCGGCAGCGUCAAGAUCAUGCUCUUCUGCGCCUUCGCCCGCUCCCGAGUGCGAGAGUGGGUCUGGAUCGAUACGUGCUGUAUCGACAAACGAAGUAGUGCCGAAGUCUCCGAAGCAGUGAACUCCAUGUUCACUUAUUACCAAAAUGCACGGGAAUGCUACGUCUACCUCUCCGAUGUCCCGCCGCUGAGCCAUGGGCGGAAGGAAGUCAUGACCCGCUUCACCUCAAGCGAGUGGUUCCUCCGCGGCUGGACGUUACAAGAACUGCUAGCACCCAGCAGUGUGGUCUUCCUGACGAAGGAAUGGGAGAUCAUAGGCAGUAGAGACACCCUCGCCGACCAAAUUUCCACUCUAACCACCAUCCCCACGCAAGUGAUCCAAGACUACCGCACCGCAACCAACAUCUGCGUAGCGCAGAAGCUUUCAUGGGCCGCACGACGUCAAACCACGCGGGCGGAGGAUAUGGCGUACUGUCUCCUCGGCCUGCUGGGCGUGAACAUGGCUCUCCUCUACGGAGAGGGAGGCGCAAAAGCAUUCAAGCGGCUGCAAUUGCAAAUCAUAGCCGACAAAGACGACGAGACAAUCUUCGCGUUC